UUGGUCUAUAAAAUCCCAACUAACUCAGAUGCCUCUCUGAGCAAUUCCAUCCCCAUAACGCCUCUCUCUCUCUCUCUCUCCCUCUCCCUUGAGAGAAUCUGCAUUGAAACUGAGAGCAAUUGCAGAGCUCAUCUACACACCUCAAUCCUUUCGCUAAUCCCAGGUUAAAAGAGUGGUCUCUAGAACAAAUUGCAAGAUAAGAUUCACAAGAACCAUGGCCUAUGAUCAGUACUUUGCCCAGGAGUGGAAUUCCAUCUCAGCCACAGCAUCCGAGUCUGAAAAUAUUUCGGGCUGCUUCGACUGCAACAUCUGCUUGGACUUUGUAUCUGACCCGGUAGUUACCCUCUGUGGCCAUCUCUACUGUUGGCCCUGCAUCUACAAAUGGUUUCAUUUCCAGAGCGCUUCUCUUGCUUCAGAUGAGCACCCUCAGUGCCCGGUCUGCAAAUCCAAAAUAUCCCACAACACGGUGGUCCCACUCUACGGUCGUGGUCAUAUCCCAAAUGAAUCUGAGCUGCAAAGCAAGGCACCUUCUCUCAGUGUGUCCAUACCACCAAGACCACCCGCUUGCGGUACCAAAGCACUCGUGACUAUGUCCCAACCUGGUCAGCAGCUUCCAUACCGUAAUCCUUAUCAGAAUCAACAAUAUUCUGCUUAUCCACAUGCCAAUUAUCAGGAAGAUUCUUCGCCACCAUCAUCAUUUAGUCUUAGAAGGAGUACAGCAAUGGGAGUUGUUUAUCCGGCUAUGGGGAUGUUUGGGGAGAUGGUUUAUGGAAGGCUGUUUGGAAACUCGGAAAGUUUGCAUACUUAUCCCAAUUCGUAUCACCAAAUGGGGAGUAGCAGCCCGAGGUUGAGGAGGAGGGAGAUGGAGGCUGACAAGUCUUUAAACAGAAUUUCAUUUUUUCUAUUCUGUUGCUUUGUUUUAUGUCUUCUCCUUUUUUGAGUUUAGGCUUAAAUCUGUGUAUAGAUUGUGAAAUUAUGCAUUGCUUGAAAAUAUGCGUUGCUUUUUAUAUAUAUGCUAUGUAUAGAUUUCACAUUAUUCCAAUUGCAUCUUAAUGACACUUAUUCAUUCUAGAUUUCACAA